GCGCGAGUGUACCAGGAUGGAAAUUUGUGAGGCAAUAGAGUGCAAGCAAUAUUGACAUCCGUCAUAUCCUCAAAAAAUGACCAGUUCAUAAGUGUCAAUUGUUCAUACAGUGGAACAAAAUCAGCAUUGCGAAAAUUGAAGGUAACAUCAUUUGAUUGUGACCAGGUUUUGCUACGAGAGUAUCUGUGUAAUGUAAUACAAAGUGGAGGAUGAUGUGAGUCUUCGGGCAAUAGGUCAUCGUAUGCUCUAGUCACCAAGCAUGAUUUGUUGGAGAACACUAGGUCAAGCAAUCUAUUGUUAAUAUUAAGGAGUCAACUACAUUCAAUUUGCGUGAUGGUGAGACAUUCUGCAUACAAAACUCUGGAAUGUUGAAAUCCUCAAGAAAAUAAACAUCAUUACCAGAGAGGUAUGCAGGAGUCAUCUGUGGGGUUUCUAGCCCCACUAUCAAAUGCAACAAACACCCAACUAGUUCGACACAGACACACCAAACAUUGGAACCCAAAAUGGAAGUUAUUUCGGAGGCUGAAAGUGCUAAAGGUUGAUCUACCAGAUUACAAUGAGAAGGUAGAAGAUUUGACUGAGGAGCAAGUACGAGAACGGUUGAAGAAGAAUGGAUUAUUGCCUCCAAGACCAUGGAAUGAAAGACAAUACUUUAUUCAUUCCACAGGAACUGUCUUUGAGCCUUAUGUACCACCAGAAGGUGAUGGUAAAGUUUCACCUAUUACUAAACAGGGUGCUAUGCAAAGUUUGAACUUUCUACAAAAGAAAACAAAAACUAUGAUGGCGAUUCGCAAGGUGAGACAAUAUGAGGAGGAGUUUGACAGUCCAGAUUUUUGCUUGGAAGCUCAAAAGAUAUACAUCAAAAUGCAUGAACUGUUAGCAGCAAACGAUAGGGAAAACCUGAUUGAUGUAGUGACAGAAAGGGCAUACCCAGAAGUGAUUCACAAUAUUGAAAAAAAAACUAUCAGAUGGAGAUACAUCAAAGACAUUGAACUGCCGAGAAUUGUGCAUGCCAGGUGUACCAAUGUUAUCACUGAUGAUAAUUAUUUUGCACAGUUGACUGUCAGGUUUCAUACUCAACAGAGUUUAGCUAUAUAUGACAGAUUUGGGAGACUGAUGUAUGGCAGUGAGAUUCUUGCAAAAGAUGUGUUGGAAUAUGUGGUGUUUGAGAAACAUAUUUCCAACACAUAUGGCAGGUGGAGGAUUCAUGCCAAAAUAAUACCCGAUUGGUUGCCAGCUAAAGAACCUGCUGCUGCCACUUUUAUUAAGAAAGUAGGCACUCUUGAGGAGCCUGAACAGGCGGAGUUAGUAGAAAAACCAAAUAAAGGUGCUACAGAUAGUCAAACACCAAACUUAGCAGUUUAGGCAAUGACUCAAUUUACAUUGUUCAGUUAGAUUAGUUGUUUACCAUUUUCGAAGAAAAUGAAGUUGUUUGACAACAUUA